AUGCGGGACUUUGUUCAAAGAGUAGUGGAGACACUCGGUGUGGAUGAGAACAGAGAUCGCGUGGCUGUGGUCCAGUACAGUAAAGAUCCAGCAGCCCAAUUCUAUCUGAACACAUACACAACAAAAGGAGAGAUUCUCAACACUGUAAGAGGUCUGAGACACAAAGGUGGGAGACCUCUUAACACUGGAGCUGCUCUCCAGUAUGUGAGAGACAAUGUCUUUACUGUCUCCUCCGGAAGUCGACGCAUUGAAGGUGUUCCACAGUUACUGAUUCUGCUGAGUGGUGGAAGGUCCUUUGACAAUGUUGACACUCCAGCUUCUGCUCUGAAGGAGCUUGGGGUCUUGAUCUUUGGAAUUGGAACAAGGAGCUCCGAUAGCAGAGAAUUGCAGAGGAUAUCACAUGAUCCCAGUUACGCUCUGUCUGUCUCUGACUUCACUGACCUUCCAAACAUCCAGCAGCAACUUCUGUCCUCGGUGGAGGCAGUUGUUAUUGAGGUUACGCCAGAAUCGACAACAGAUUUAGUUGAUCAUGACACCUCCAGAAAGGAUGUGGUAUUCCUUGUGGAUGGUUCUGAUGGCACAAGGAAUGGAUUCCCAGCAAUGCGUGAUUUUGUUCAGAGAGUAGUGGGGAAACUCAAUGUGGGAGGAGACAAAGACCGCGUUUCUGUUGUCCAGUACGGUAGAGAUCAAGAAGUUCAUUUCUAUCUGAACACAUACACCACAAAGGAGGACAUUCUUGACACUGUCAGAAGUCUGAGGCACAGAGGAGGUAGACCCCUUAACACUGGGGCAGCCCUCCAAUACGUACGGGACAAUGUCUUUACUGCCUCCUCUGGAAGCAGAAGCCAAGAGGGCGUCCCUCAGAUGCUGAUACUGCUGAGUGGGGGAAGGUCCAGUGAUAAUGUUGACAUACCAGCUUCUGCCCUGAAAGAGAGUGGGGUCUUGAUCUUUGGCAUUGGAACCAGAAAUUCCAGCAGAGAGGUUCAAAGGAUUGCCACUGAUCCUAGUUUUUCCCAGUCUGUUUCUGAAUUCUCUGACCUCCCCAGCGUCCAGGAGCAGUUUUUCUCCUCACUCAUAACUGUACAAGUUGAGGCCACACCCAUAACCCCAAGAGUCAUAGUGGACCAAAGCAUUGCCAGAAAGGAUGUAGUAUUCCUGCUGGAUGGUUCUGAUGGCACUAGGAAUGGCUUUCCAGCAAUGCGUGACUUUGUUCAAAGAGUGGUAGAGAAACUCACUGUGGAGGAGAACAGAGAUCGAGUCUCUGUGGUCCAGUAUAGCAGAGAAUCAGAGGCCCACUUCUAUCUGAACACUUACACAACAAAGGAAGACGUUGUGGACACCGUAAGAGGCCUGAGGCACAAAGGAGGGAGACCCCUCAACACUGGGGCAGCUCUCCAGUAUGUCAGGGACAAUGUCUUUAUUGCCUCCUCCGGAAGUAGGCGCCUUGAAGGUGUUCCACAGAUUCUGAUACUGCUGAAUGGUGGAAGGUCCUUUGACAAUGUAGAUACACCAGCGUCUGCUCUCAAGGAGCUUGGUGUCUUGGUGUUUGGAAUUGGAACAAGGAGCUCUGAUAGCAGAGAAUUACAAAAAAUAUCCUAUGACCCCAGUUAUGCUCUUUCCGUGUCUGAAUUUACUGACCUCCCCAACGUCCAACAGCAGCUUCUUUCUGCUAUGAGCACUGUCAUUGUACAGGUCACAACCAUGACACCAACAGUAAUACCAACAAUACUAGUUGAGAGUCAGGCUCCCAGGAGGGAUGUCGUGUUCUUGCUGGAUGGAUCUGAUGGCACUAGGAGUGGAUUCCCAGCAAUGCGGGACUUUGUUCAAAGAGUAGUGGAGACACUCGGUGUGGAUGAGAACAGAGAUCGCGUGGCUGUGGUCCAGUACAGUAAAGAUCCAGCAGCCCAAUUCUAUCUGAACACAUACACAACAAAAGGAGAGAUUGUCAACACUGUAAGAGGUCUGAGACACAAAGGUGGGAGACCUCUUAACACUGGAGCUGCUCUCCAGUAUGUGAGAGACAAUGUCUUUACUGUCUCCUCCGGAAGUCGACGCAUUGAAGGUGUUCCACAGUUACUGAUUCUGCUGAGUGGUGGAAGGUCCUUUGACAAUGUUGACACUCCAGCUUCUGCUCUGAAGGAGCUUGGGGUCUUGAUCUUUGGAAUUGGAACAAGGAGCUCCGAUAGCAGAGAAUUGCAGAGGAUAUCACAUGAUCCCAGUUACGCUCUGUCUGUCUCUGACUUCACUGACCUUCCAAACAUCCAGCAGCAACUUCUGUCCUCGGUGGAGGCAGUUGUUAUUGAGGUUACGCCAGAAUCGACAACAGAUUUAGUUGAUCAUGAAACCUCCAGAAAGGAUGUGGUAUUCCUUGUGGAUGGUUCUGAUGGCACAAGGAAUGGAUUCCCAGCAAUGCGUGAUUUUGUUCAGAGAGUAGUGGGGAAACUCAAUGUGGGAGGAGACAAAGACCGCGUUUCUGUUGUCCAGUACGGUAGAGAUCAAGAAGUUCAUUUCUAUCUGAACACAUACACCACAAAGGAGGACAUUCUUGACACUGUCAGAAGUCUGAGGCACAGAGGAGGUAGACCCCUUAACACUGGGGCAGCCCUCCAAUACGUACGGGACAAUGUCUUUACUGCCUCCUCUGGAAGCAGAAGCCAAGAGGGCGUCCCUCAGAUGCUGAUACUGCUGAGUGGGGGAAGGUCCAGUGAUAAUGUUGACAUACCAGCUUCUGCCCUGAAAGAGAGUGGGGUCUUGAUCUUUGGCAUUGGAACCAGAAAUUCCAGCAGAGAGGUUCAAAGGAUUGCCACUGAUCCUAGUUUUUCCCAGUCUGUUUCUGAAUUCUCUGACCUCCCCAGCGUCCAGGAGCAGUUUUUCUCCUCACUCAUAACUGUACAAGUUGAGGCCACACCCAUAACCCCAAGAGUCAUAGUGGACCAAAGCAUUGCCAGAAAGGAUGUAGUAUUCCUGCUGGAUGGUUCUGAUGGCACUAGGAAUGGCUUUCCAGCAAUGCGUGACUUUGUUCAAAGAGUGGUAGAGAAACUCACUGUGGAGGAGAACAGAGAUCGAGUCUCUGUGGUCCAGUAUAGCAGAGAAUCAGAGGCCCACUUCUAUCUGAACACUUACACAACAAAGGAAGACAUUGUGGACACCGUAAGAGGCCUGAGGCACAAAGGAGGGAAACCCCUCAACACUGGGGCAGCUCUCCAGUAUGUCAGGGACAAUGUCUUUAUUGCCUCCUCCGGAAGUAGGCGCCUUGAAGGUGUUCCACAGAUUCUGAUACUGCUGAAUGGUGGAAGGUCCUUUGACAAUGUAGAUACACCAGCGUCUGCUCUCAAGGAGCUUGGUGUCUUGGUGUUUGGAAUUGGAACAAGGAGCUCUGAUAGCAGAGAAUUACAAAAAAUAUCCUAUGACCCCAGUUAUGCUCUUUCCGUGUCUGAAUUUACUGACCUCCCCAACGUCCAACAGCAGCUUAUUUCUGCUAUGAGCACUGUCAUUGUACAGGUCACAACCAUGACACCAACAGUAAUACCAACAAUACUAGUUGAGAGUCAGGCUCCCAGGAGGGAUGUCGUGUUCUUGCUGGAUGGAUCUGAUGGCACUAGGAGUGGAUUCCCAGCAAUGCGGGACUUUGUUCAAAGAGUAGUGGAGACACUCGGUGUGGAUGAGAACAGAGAUCGCGUGGCUGUGGUCCAGUACAGUAAAGAUCCAGCAGCCCAAUUCUAUCUGAACACAUACACAACAAAAGGAGAGAUUCUCAACACUGUAAGAGGUCUGAGACACAAAGGUGGGAGACCUCUUAACACUGGAGCUGCUCUCCAGUAUGUGAGAGACAAUGUCUUUACUGUCUCCUCCGGAAGUCGACGCAUUGAAGGUGUUCCACAGUUACUGAUUCUGCUGAGUGGUGGAAGGUCCUUUGACAAUGUUGACACUCCAGCUUCUGCUCUGAAGGAGCUUGGGGUCUUGAUCUUUGGAAUUGGAACAAGGAGCUCCGAUAGCAGAGAAUUGCAGAGGAUAUCACAUGAUCCCAGUUACGCUCUGUCUGUCUCUGACUUCACUGACCUUCCAAACAUCCAGCAGCAACUUCUGUCCUCGGUGGAGGCAGUUGUUAUUGAGGUUACGCCAGAAUCGACAACAGAUUUAGUUGAUCAUGAAACCUCCAGAAAGGAUGUGGUAUUCCUUGUGGAUGGUUCUGAUGGCACAAGGAAUGGAUUCCCAGCAAUGCGUGAUUUUGUUCAGAGAGUAGUGGGGAAACUCAAUGUGGGAGGAGACAAAGACCGCGUUUCUGUUGUCCAGUACGGUAGAGAUCAAGAAGUUCAUUUCUAUCUGAACACAUACACCACAAAGGAGGACAUUCUUGACACUGUCAGAAGUCUGAGGCACAGAGGAGGUAGACCCCUUAACACUGGCGCAGCCCUCCAAUACGUACGGGACAAUGUCUUUACUGACUCCUCUGGAAGCAGAAGCCAAGAGGGCGUCCCUCAGAUGCUGAUACUGCUGAGUGGGGGAAGGUCCAGUGAUAAUGUUGACAUACCAGCUUCUGCCCUGAAAGAGAGUGGGGUCUUGAUCUUUGGCAUUGGAACCAGAAAUUCCAGCAGAGAGGUUCAAAGGAUUGCCACUGAUCCUAGUUUUUCCCAGUCUGUUUCUGAAUUCUCUGACCUCCCCAGCGUCCAGGAGCAGUUUUUCUCCUCACUCAUAACUGUACAAGUUGAGGCCACACCCAUAACCCCAAGAGUCAUAGUGGACCAAAGCAUUGCCAGAAAGGAUGUAGUAUUCCUGCUGGAUGGUUCUGAUGGCACUAGGAAUGGCUUUCCAGCAAUGCGUGACUUUGUUCAAAGAGUGGUAGAGAAACUCACUGUGGAGGAGAACAGAGAUCGAGUCUCUGUGGUCCAGUAUAGCAGAGAAUCAGAGGCCCACUUCUAUCUGAACACUUACACAACAAAGGAAGACGUUGUGGACACCGUAAGAGGCCUGAGGCACAAAGGAGGGAGACCCCUCAACACUGGGGCAGCUCUCCAGUAUGUCAGGGACAAUGUCUUUAUUGCCUCCUCCGGAAGUAGGCGCCUUGAAGGUGUUCCACAGAUUCUGAUACUGCUGAAUGGUGGAAGGUCCUUUGACAAUGUAGAUACACCAGCGUCUGCUCUCAAGGAGCUUGGUGUCUUGGUGUUUGGAAUUGGAACAAGGAGCUCUGAUAGCAGAGAAUUACAAAAAAUAUCCUAUGACCCCAGUUAUGCUCUUUCCGUGUCUGAAUUUACUGACCUCCCCAACGUCCAACAGCAGCUUCUUUCUGCUAUGAGCACUGUCAUUGUACAGGUCACAACCAUGACACCAACAGUAAUACCAACAAUACUAGUUGAGAGUCAGGCUCCCAGGAGGGAUGUCGUGUUCUUGCUGGAUGGAUCUGAUGGCACUAGGAGUGGAUUCCCAGCAAUGCGGGACUUUGUUCAAAGAGUAGUGGAGACACUCGGUGUGGAUGAGAACAGAGAUCGCGUGGCUGUGGUCCAGUACAGUAAAGAUCCAGCAGCCCAAUUCUAUCUGAACACAUACACAACAAAAGGAGAGAUUCUCAACACUGUAAGAGGUCUGAGACACAAAGGUGGGAGACCUCUCAACACUGGAGCUGCUCUCCAGUACGUGAGAGACAAUGUCUUUACUGUCUCCUCUGGAAGUCGACACAUUGAAGGUGUUCCACAGUUACUGAUUCUGCUGAGUGGUGGAAGGUCCGUUGACAAUGUUGACACUCCAGCUUCUGCUCUGAAGGAGCUUGGGGUCUUGAUCUUUGGAAUUGGAACAAGGAGCUCUGAUAGCAGAGAAUUGCAGAGGAUAUCACAUGAUCCCAGUUACGCUCUGUCUGUCUCUGACUUCACUGACCUUCCAAACAUCCAGCAGCAACUUCUGUCCUCGGUGGAGGCAGUUGUUAUUGAGGUUACGCCAGAAUCGACAACAGAUUUAGUUGAUCAUGACACCUCCAGAAAGGAUGUGGUAUUCCUUGUGGAUGGUUCUGAUGGCACAAGGAAUGGAUUCCCAGCAAUGCGUGAUUUUGUUCAGAGAGUAGUGGGGAAACUCAAUGUGGGAGGAGACAAAGACCGCGUUUCUGUUGUCCAGUACGGUAGAGAUCAAGAAGUUCAUUUCUAUCUGAACACAUACACCACAAAGGAGGACAUUCUUGACACUGUCAGAAGUCUGAGGCACAGAGGAGGUAGACCCCUUAACACUGGGGCAGCCCUCCAAUACGUACGGGACAAUGUCUUUACUGCCUCCUCUGGAAGCAGAAGCCAAGAGGGCGUCCCUCAGAUGCUGAUACUGCUGAGUGGGGGAAGGUCCAGUGAUAAUGUUGACAUACCAGCUUCUGCCCUGAAAGAGAGUGGGGUCUUGAUCUUUGGCAUUGGAACCAGAAAUUCCAGCAGAGAGGUUCAAAGGAUUGCCACUGAUCCUAGUUUUUCCCAGUCUGUUUCUGAAUUCUCUGACCUCCCCAGCGUCCAGGAGCAGUUUUUCUCCUCACUCAUAACUGUACAAGUUGAGGCCACACCCAUAACCCCAAGAGUCAUAGUGGACCAAAGCAUUGCCAGAAAGGAUGUAGUAUUCCUGCUGGAUGGUUCUGAUGGCACUAGGAAUGGCUUUCCAGCAAUGCGUGACUUUGUUCAAAGAGUGGUAGAGAAACUCACUGUGGAGGAGAACAGAGAUCGAGUCUCUGUGGUCCAGUAUAGCAGAGAAUCAGAGGCCCACUUCUAUCUGAACACUUACACAACAAAGGAAGACAUUGUGGACACCGUAAGAGGCCUGAGGCACAAAGGAGGGAGACCCCUCAACACUGGGGCAGCUCUCCAGUAUGUCAGGGACAAUGUCUUUAUUGCCUCCUCCGGAAGUAGGCGCCUUGAAGGUGUUCCACAGAUUCUGAUACUGCUGAAUGGUGGAAGGUCCUUUGACAAUGUAGAUACACCAGCGUCUGCUCUCAAGGAGCUUGGUGUCUUGGUGUUUGGAAUUGGAACAAGGAGCUCUGAUAGCAGAGAAUUACAAAAAAUAUCCUAUGACCCCAGUUAUGCUCUUUCCGUGUCUGAAUUUACUGACCUCCCCAACGUCCAACAGCAGCUUCUUUCUGCUAUGAGCACUGUCAUUGUACAGGUCACAACCAUGACACCAACAGUAAUACCAACAAUACUAGUUGAGAGUCAGGCUCCCAGGAGGGAUGUCGUGUUCUUGCUGGAUGGAUCUGAUGGCACUAGGAGUGGAUUCCCAGCAAUGCGGGACUUUGUUCAAAGAGUAGUGGAGACACUCGGUGUGGAUGAGAACAGAGAUCGCGUGGCUGUGGUCCAGUACAGUAAAGAUCCAGCAGCCCAAUUCUAUCUGAACACAUACACAACAAAAGGAGAGAUUCUCAACACUGUAAGAGGUCUGAGACACAAAGGUGGGAGACCUCUCAACACUGGAGCUGCUCUCCAGUAUGUGAGAGACAAUGUCUUUACUGUCUCCUCCGGAAGUCGACACAUUGAAGGUGUUCCACAGUUACUGAUUCUGCUGAGUGGUGGAAGGUCCGUUGACAAUGUUGACACUCCAGCUUCUGCUCUGAAGGAGCUUGGGGUCUUGAUCUUUGGAAUUGGAACAAGGAGCUCCGAUAGCAGAGAAUUGCAGAGGAUAUCACAUGAUCCCAGUUACGCUCUGUCUGUCUCUGACUUCACUGACCUUCCAAACAUCCAGCAGCAACUUCUGUCCUCGGUGGAGGCAGUUGUUAUUGAGGUUACGCCAGAAUCGACAACAGAUUUAGUUGAUCAUGAAACCUCCAGAAAGGAUGUGGUAUUCCUUGUGGAUGGUUCUGAUGGCACAAGGAAUGGAUUCCCAGCAAUGCGUGAUUUUGUUCAGAGAAUAGUGGGGAAACUCAAUGUGGGAGGAGACAAAGACCGCGUUUCUGUGGUCCAGUACGGUAGAGAUCAAGAAGUUCAUUUCUAUCUGAACACAUACACCACAAAGGAGGACAUUCUUGACACUGUCAGAAGUCUGAGGCACAGAGGAGGUAGACCCCUUAACACUGGGGCAGCCCUCCAAUACGUACGGGACAAUGUCUUUACUGCCUCCUCUGGAAGCAGAAGCCAAGAGGGCGUCCCUCAGAUGCUGAUACUGCUGAGUGGGGGAAGGUCCAGUGAUAAUGUUGACAUACCAGCUUCUGCCCUGAAAGAGAGUGGGGUCUUGAUCUUUGGCAUUGGAACCAGAAAUUCCAGCAGAGAGGUUCAAAGGAUUGCCACUGAUCCUAGUUUUUCACAGUCUGUUUCUGAAUUUACUGACCUCCCCAGCGUCCAGGAGCAGUUUUUCUCCUCACUCAUAACUGUAAAGCUUGAGGCCACACCCAUAACCCCAAGAGUCAUAGUGGACCAAAGCAUUGCCAGAAAGGAUGUAGUAUUCCUGCUGGAUGGUUCUGAUGGCACUAGGAAUGGCUUUCCAGCAAUGCGUGACUUUGUUCAAAGAGUGGUAGAGAAACUCACUGUGGAGGAGAACAGAGAUCGAGUCUCUGUGGUCCAGUAUAGCAGAGAAUCAGAGGCCCACUUCUAUCUGAACACUUACACAACAAAGGAAGACGUUGUGGACACCGUAAGAGGCCUGAGGCACAAAGGAGGGAGACCCCUCAAUACUGGGGCAGCUCUCCAGUAUGUCAGGGACAAUGUCUUUAUUGCCUCCUCCGGAAGUAGGCGCCUUGAAGGUGUUCCACAGAUUCUGAUACUGCUGAAUGGUGGAAGGUCCUUUGACAAUGUAGAUACACCAGCGUCUGCUCUCAAGGAGCUUGGUGUCUUGGUGUUUGGAAUUGGAACAAGGAGCUCUGAUAGCAGAGAAUUGCAAAAAAUAUCCUAUGACCCAAUUUAUGCUCUUUCCGUGUCUGAAUUUACUGACCUCCCCAACGUCCAACAGCAGCUUCUUUCUGCUAUGAGCACUGUCAUUGUACAGGUCACAACCAUGACACAAACAGUAAUACCAACAAUACUAGUUGAGAGUCAGGCUCCCAGGAGGGAUGUCGUGUUCUUGCUGGAUGGAUCUGAUGGCACAAGGAGUGGAUUCCCAGCAAUGCGGGACUUUGUUCAAAGAGUAGUGGAGACACUCGGUGUGGAUGAGAAGAGAGAUCGCGUGGCUGUGGUCCAGUACAGUAGAGAUCCAGCCGCCCAAUUCUAUCUGAACACAUACACAACAAAAGGAGAGAUACUCAACACUGUAAGAGGUCUGAGACACAAAGGUGGGAGACCUCUCAACACUGGAGCAGCUCUCCAGUACGUGAGAGACAAUGUCUUUACUGUCUCCUCCGGAAGUCGACGCAUUGAAGGUGUUCCACAGUUACUGAUUCUGCUGAGUGGUGGAAGGUCCUUUGACAAUGUUGACACUCCAGCCUCUGCUCUGAAGGAGCUUGGGGUCUUGAUCUUUGGAAUUGGAACAAGGAGCUCGGAUAGCAGAGAAUUACAAAAAAUAUCCUAUGACCCCAGUUAUGCUCUUUCCGUGUCUGAAUUUACUGACCUCCCCAACGUCCAACAGCAGCUUCUUUCUGCUAUGAGCACUGUCAUUGUACAGGUCACAACCAUGACACCAACAGUAAUACCAACAAUACUAGUUGAGAGUCAGGCUCCCAGGAGGGAUGUCGUGUUCUUGCUGGAUGGAUCUGAUGGCACUAGGAGUGGAUUCCCAGCAAUGCGGGACUUUGUUCAUAGAGUAGUGGAGACACUCGGUGUGGAUGAGAAGAGAGAUCGCGUGGCUGUGGUCCAGUACAGUAGAGAUCCAGCCGCCCAAUUCUAUCUGAACACAUACACAACAAAAGGAGAGAUACUCAACACUGUAAGAGGUCUGAGACACAAAGGUGGGAGACCUCUCAACACUGGAGCAGCUCUCCAGUACGUGAGAGACAAUGUCUUUACUGUCUCCUCCGGAAGUCGACGCAUUGAAGGUGUUCCACAGUUACUGAUUCUGCUGAGUGGUGGAAGGUCCUUUGACAAUGUUGACACUCCAGCUUCUGAUCUGAAAGAGCUUGGGGUCUUGAUCUUUGGAAUUGGAACAAGGAGCUCUGAUAGCAGAGAAUUACAAAAAAUAUCCUAUGACCCCAGUUAUGCUCUUUCCGUGUCUGAAUUUACUGACCUCCCCAACGUCCAACAGCAGCUUCUUUCUGCUAUGAGCACUGUCAUUGUACAGGUCACAACCAUGACACCAACAGUAAUACCAACAAUACUAGUUGAGAGUCAGGCUCCCAGGAGGGAUGUCGUGUUCUUGCUGGAUGGAUCUGAUGGCACUAGGAGUGGAUUCCCAGCAAUGCGGGACUUUGUUCAAAGAGUAGUGGAGACACUCGGUGUGGAUGAGAAGAGAGAUCGCGUGGCUGUGGUCCAGUACAGUAGAGAUCCAGCCGCCCAAUUCUAUCUGAACACAUACACAACAAAAGGAGAGAUACUCAACACUGUAAGAGGUCUGAGACACAAAGGUGGGAGACCUCUCAACACUGGAGCAGCUCUCCAGUACGUGAGAGACAAUGUCUUUACUGUCUCCUCCGGAAGUCGACGCAUUGAAGGUGUUCCACAGUUACUGAUUCUGCUGAGUGGUGGAAGGUCCUUUGACAAUGUUGACACUCCAGCUUCUGAUCUGAAAGAGCUUGGGGUCUUGAUCUUUGGAAUUGGAACAAGGAGCUCUGAUAGCAGAGAAUUACAAAAAAUAUCCUAUGACCCCAGUUAUGCUCUUUCCGUGUCUGAAUUUACUGACCUCCCCAACGUCCAACAGCAGCUUCUUUCUGCUAUGAGCACUGUCAUUGUACAGGUCACAACCAUGACACCAACAGUAAUACCAACAAUACUAGUUGAGAGUCAGGCUCCCAGGAGGGAUGUCGUGUUCUUGCUGGAUGGAUCUGAUGGCACUAGGAGUGGAUUCCCAGCAAUGCGGGACUUUGUUCAUAGAGUAGUGGAGACACUCGGUGUGGAUGAGAAGAGAGAUCGCGUGGCUGUGGUCCAGUACAGUAGAGAUCCAGCCGCCCAAUUCUAUCUGAACACAUACACAACAAAAGGAGAGAUUCUCAACACUGUAAGAGGUCUGAGACACAAAGGUGGGAGACCUCUCAACACUGGAGCAGCUCUCCAGUACGUGAGAGACAAUGUCUUUACUGUCUCCUCCGGAAGUCGACGCAUUGAAGGUGUUCCACAGUUACUGAUUCUGCUGAGUGGUGGAAGGUCCUUUGACAAUGUUGACACUCCAGCUUCUGCUCUGAAGGAGCUUGGGGUCUUGAUCUUUGGAAUUGGAACAAGGAGCUCUGAUAGCAGAGAAUUACAAAAAAUAUCCUAUGACCCCAGUUAUGCUCUUUCCGUGUCUGAAUUUACUGACCUCCCCAACGUCCAACAGCAGCUUCUUUCUGCUAUGAGCACUGUCAUUGUACAGGUCACAACCAUGACACCAACAGUAAUACCAACAAUACUAGUUGAGAGUCAGGCUCCCAGGAGGGAUGUCGUGUUCUUGCUGGAUGGAUCUGAUGGCACUAGGAGUGGAUUCCCAGCAAUGCGGGACUUUGUUCAAAGAGUAGUGGAGACACUCGGUGUGGAUGAGAACAGAGAUCGCGUGGCUGUGGUCCAGUACAGUAGAGAUCCAGCCGCCCAAUUCUAUCUGAACACAUACACAACAAAAGGAGAGAUUCUCAACACUGUAAGAGGUCUGAGACACAAAGGUGGGAGACCUCUCAACACUGGAGCAGCUCUCCAGUACGUGAGAGACAAUGUCUUUACUGUCUCCUCCGGAAGUCGACGCAUUGAAGGUGUUCCACAGUUACUGAUUCUGCUGAGUGGUGGAAGGUCCUUUGACAAUGUUGACACUCCAGCUUCUGCUCUGAAGGAGCUUGGGGUCUUGAUCUUUGGAAUUGGAACAAGGAGCUCUGAUAGCAGAGAAUUACAAAAAAUAUCCUAUGACCCCAGUUAUGCUCUUUCCGUGUCUGAAUUUACUGACCUCCCCAACGUCCGACAGCAGCUUCUUUCUGCUAUGAGCACUGUCAUUGUACAGGUCACAACCAUGACACCAACAGUAAUACCAACAAUACUAGGCCUCCCUAAAGCCAAGGUUGCUGAUAUUGUAUUCUUGGUGGAUGGCUCCAUCAACCUGGGCAAGGACAACUUCAAGGAGGUGAUGGGGUUCAUCCAGAACCUCAUCGACCUCUUCUUCACUGAGCGUGACAACCUACAGAUUGGCCUGGCGAGCUACACCACCGACGUCACCGACGUGUUCUACCUCAACACCUACAAGAACAAGGAUGACAUAAUCGACGCCAUCAGCCGUACCGAGUACAAGGGCGGCCGCAGGAUCAACACGGGCACCGCCAUCCACCACGUGCAGGAGAACCACUUCAUCAAAGAUAAAGGCAGCAGGAAGGAUGAGGGCAUCCCCCAGAUCCUGAUGAUCAUCACUGGCGGAAGGUCAGCCGACGACAGCAAGACCGCAGCUCUGGCGUUGAAGGCCACCGGCGUGCGCAUCUACGCUGUCGGCGUGGGUGACAUUGAGGACGAGUUGAACAACCUGGCGAGUGAGGCCUCCACAGUGGCCAGGGCUAGCACGUUUGUGGAGCUCUCUGAGCUCAACGAGCAAAUCCUUGAGACAUUGGACGACGAGGUGAAAGGAAUCAAGCUGUGCAAUGGCGUGAGCCAGGAGCCAUCAAAAACCUGCAGUCUGGAGGUGUUGGUAGGCUUUGAUGUGUCCUCACCAAACAUCUUCCAGGCCCAGAGGAUCCUGGAGUCCAAGAUGGGUGCCAUCCUCCAAAGGAUCACCAAGAUGACGGGCAUCAGUUGCUCGUCGGGCCAGAUCCCAUUGAUCCAGGUGGGCAUCCUGGCCAUGGAUGCCGCCUCAGAACCCGUCCAUCUGGAGUUCACGGACAACGCCGACAUGCUGUUUGAGGCCUUCCGGGCACUGCGCGCCCGCGGACCCUACUUCCUCAACGCCAAGACCAUUGCCGCAUAUGGUUCCAGGUUCAAAAGCCGAGCAGCAGAUACAGUCAAGGUUGUGAUCCAUCUGACUGAUGGUCUGGAUGGCCAGUAUAAUGAAAUGAAGAGACAGGUUGAAGAACUUAAGAUUUCAGGUGUGAACAGCUUUAUCCUGGUGGGUCUGGAGCGGGUACCCAGGUUUGAGGAGGCUGUGCUCCUGGAGUUUGGCCGUGGCUUCAGGUACACCAGACCCCUCAGAGUUAAUGUCAUGGACUUGGACUACGAGCUUCUGGAGGAACUGGACAACAUUGCUGAGAGGGAGUGUUGCGCGGUGCCAUGCAAAUGCACCGGCACAAGGGGAGACAGAGGAGCAGUUGGACUUGGAGGACUGAAGGGUGGUCCAGGCGGAGCAGGUGGAGCAGGGCAUCCCGGAGAUGAGGGUGGAUCCGGAGACAGAGGUCCUCCUGGUGUCAACGGAACGCAAGGUUUCCAGGGAUGUCCUGGACAGAGGGGCAUCAAGGGUGGUCGUGGGUACUCUGGAGAAAAGGGUGAAUUUGGAGAGAUUGGCCUGGAUGGCAUCAAUGGAGAAGAGGGCAAGAGUGGAGUCGCUGGACCCCCAGGAGACAGAGGAAACCCUGGGAGAAGGGGACCCAAAGGAACUAAAGGACUUGCAGGAGACAUCGGGGAUACCGGAAUCCGAGGAGAUCCUGGAACCACAGGGCAAGAUAACAACGUGGCUGGACCUAAAGGAGACCCAGGCGAUGUCGGCCCAGUGGGAGAGCCAGGGGACGAUGGUAAGAUGGGAGGCCCCGGUGAACCAGGCAGGACGGGUUCUGAUGGUAGAAGAGGCCCACCCGGACAAGCUGGAAACCCUGGCAAACCCGGAGGUAACGGUGUGCAGGGAGAGCCUGGUAUCGGAGGAUCCAGGGGCCCAGCUGGACCAAUUGGUGCACCUGGAACCAGAGGUGAGGACGGGAACCCUGGACCAAGGGGCCCAGGAGGAGCCCAGGGACCCCCCGGAAACAAUGGCAGGAGAGGACCUCUCGGUCGCAAGGGUGAGCCAGGAGAGCCCGGACCCAAAGGCAUCGUGGGACCUCUGGGACCUCGUGGUGAGCCUGGCGAAGAUGGUCGAGAUGGAUUUGGAAUCGCAGGGCCCAAAGGAAGAAAGGGUGAUGAGGGCUUCCCAGGAUUCCCAGGACCAAAGGGAGCGGCAGGUGAUGGCGGAACCAAUGGCGGACCAGGACCCAUAGGAAACCGUGGCCAGAGGGGUGUUUCAGGAGAAAUUGGUACUCCAGGUCAGAAGGGAGAGGUUGGAUACCCCGGGCCUUAUGGCCAGAAAGGACCGAGAGGACCUGGCGUUGUGCAAUGUGACUUGGUAAAGAAAAUCAGAGACAACUGUCCUUGCUGCUAUGGUCAGCAGGAGUGCCCACUCUACCCUACCGAGCUGGCCUUCGCCCUGGACACCUCCGAUGGCGUGGGUAGGCCUGCCUUCAACAACAUGCGUGACGCCGUGCUCCGCCUGGUUGGCAACAUCACCAUCGCCGAGAGCAACUGCCCGCGCGGCGCCCGAGUGGCCCUCACCCUCUACAACAAUGAAGUUACCACCGAAAUCCGCUUUGCAGACGGGCUGAAGCGGCGCGCACUCGUGCAGCGUGUGGAGGGCCUCCAGGCAUUACAGACACGCAAACAGCGUAGCCUGGAGACAGCCAUGAACGUCUUGGCGCAGAACACCUUCAAGAGGGUGCGCAGCGGCUUCCUCAUGAGGAAGGUGGCCAUCUUCUUUGUUAAUGGGCCAGUGAAGGAUCAGCGGGCAGUAAGCGCAGCCGCCCUACGCCUCUAUGACUCCGGCAUCGCCUCAGUGUUCCUGACCAACAAAGAGGAUGGCCAGCUCACCAGAGCUCUGAAGAUGAACAGCACUGGGUCAGCACUGGGUCAGGUGAUUGUGCUGCCCAAUCCCGGAAGUGCACAGUACAACUCAGCUAUCCAAAAGGUCAUGAACUGCCACAUCUGCCUGGACUCCUGCGCCCCGGACCAAAUGUGUGACUAUGUUCCCCCUCAGCAGUCAAGAGACAGGAGGGCCUCCACCACCGAUGCGGACAUUGACAUGGCCUUUGUCAUGGACAGCUCCGAGACCACCCACCUCACCGUCUUCACUGAGAUGAAACGCUACGUUGCACACAUCGUAGAGCAUUUGGAAGUCUCGUCGGACCCCAUGGCAUCCAUCCACCACGCCCGUGUGGCCGUAAUCCAGCAUGCACCCUAUGAGUUCCUGCGCAACAGCAGCGGCUCACCCAUCCUUGUGGAUGUGGGCCUAACUGACCACCGCUCGGCCCAGGACAUCCGCAACUUCCUGCUUGAGAAGACGCCCCAACUGGAGGGUGGGCGGGCGCUGGCAGUGGCCAUCGAGCACACAGUGGAGCAGGUGUUUGAGAAAGCACCCCACCAGCGAGACCUCAAGGUUCUGAUGUUGUUUGUGACAGGCCCCGUGGAGCAGGAUGAGGAGCGGCUGGUUGCUGUGGCCACCGAGGCCAAGUGUAAGGGCUAUUUCUUGGUCAUCUUGGGUGUGGGCGAGAAGCUGGGUGCUGGGGACACCCGCGUGCUGACGCGCAUGGCCAGCGAGCCGUCCGACGUCUUCUUCAAGAGGCUGACCAGCACCACGCACUUCUACGACAAGCACAUUCAGAACUUUGGCCGACUGCUGCCCAAGUAUCUCAGCAUUGAGAACGUUUUCUACAUGUCCCCUGAAGUCUCCAAAAACUGUCACUGGUACCAGAGUGACCAGCCAUUCCCCAAGUUCCCCUUCCCCAAGUCACACCACAGCCAAGCGAAACAUCAAAAACACGAAAAACACCAGGCAGUCCAUCCAAGAAAGCACAACGACCAAGACUCAGACGAGUUGCACGUAGCCAAUGUUACUUCCAGCAGCCUGACCCUGCGCUGGGCCAGCCCGGACCCCAAGCACAUGGCCUACUUUAAGGUGGUGGUGACGCGCCUGCGUGACAACACACUGGUGUUGAGGAGAAAUGUGACGGGCACGGAGCUCACUGUUGGUGGCCUGGAGAGCGCCCAGACCUACCACGUCGUGGUGACCACACACACCGCCCAAGGCCACGUUGCGGCCACCCACAAAGGCACUAUUACUACCAAAGCAGCAGCAGAGCAUAAGGUCACUGCCCCCAUGGAGGUGACAGGUAUCAUGGCCACUACACCACUGGACAAACCAGAGAUUGCGGCCUUGACAGGAGUGGAAAUUUGUCAGUUCCCCAAAGAGGAAGGCACCUGCGCAAAGUUUGUUCUCAAGUGGCACUACGACCCCCUUAGCAAGAACUGCACACGCUUCUGGUACGGAGGCUGUGGCGGCAACCAGAAUCGCUUCGAAACUCACGAGGAGUGUGAGAAGGCCUGUGGAAAAGCAGCUCUGCCUCGAGGGCAGAAGGCAUGGGAUUGGUUGGAUGAAAGCCGUGCAAACAGCGGGCGGCGCUCACAGCGACGAGUGAGAAUAAAAGGAAAGAGAAGAAAAGGCUCCCUAGGUGCACCUGUCAACCAAGGAGUCAUUGCCGCAAUAAAAACGUAGGAGGACAUUGAUUCAUUCUCAACAUAUACCUCUACCGAGGAGAUUCUGAGGAAAAUCAACAAAAAUGGCCAACGAGAAGCUAUACCAAAGGAGAGGUGGCUGCACUGGAUUCCACAAACAGCAUUUGAUCAAAAUAAGUAUUGAAGUAGUCUAUAUCACAAAAAGAAAGAAAGCAAAUCAAUUUGCUGCAUGAUUUUUCCUACUGGUGCUAUAUAGUGUUUUUAUUUUAUUUUUCUCUCUGGUUGAGUUGCGGAGUACAUCCAGUGUUUGUAAUGUAACAUUUCCGGAACAGUUACAGAAUAUGUUUUUCAUUAAAAAGUUAAACUCAUAAUUUUAUUAAGUAAUGUGUAUGAAUAUCUUGGGACAUAGAUUAUCAAUAAAUCCUUAUUUACAUACGCACAUGCACAUACACUCACAGGUCCACAAUGACUUUGAAAGAGUCAUCAUACUUUUAUAUUACUUCUCUAUAUCCCCCAAUACAGACUUUCAUCACCAUGCAGAUGUUUACACAAGUCCAAUCUAGCAGUGUGUAUAUAAUAACAUUUAAACCAAUUUCUCAGCAUGGAAAGGAAUUCAUCAUGUAAUGUAAAUGCACUUCUGGAACCACUGCCUCAAACACACAAGUUCCAGUUUUUGAAUAUGGAAUGUACUUAUCAAGUUGUUAGUGUUUUUUUGUUUUGUUUUACUUAACUUUGUGUUUCAUCUGGGAACGGGGGAAAUAAACAUUUAUUAGACUUUCUAAUAAA